UUGCUCGCUGCACACAGGGAAUUUGGCGUAUGUAGUUCCACUUUGCAAAAUAGUAAAGUAGUUUGAACAAAUCAGUAGCCUGUUUUUAAUAAUGUACUAAACAGACAGUAUAUAUUAAUACAAAAAUGAAUAACCUGAAUGCAGGCGCUGCAGAUGAUUAUCAUAGCGGCAUUCUUUCAAGAGAAGACUGCAUUUAUAACAGCUGCUACUGUGAAGAAAAUGUCUGGAAGCUCUGUGAACAUAUUAAGAUCCAAAAAGAGUUUCAUUUGGAAGAAGUGUAUGCUGUAUUUAUCUCUAAUGAUAGAAAAAUGGUGCCCAUUUGGAAACAGAAGUCAAAAAGUGGAGACGAACCAGUCUUGUGGGAUUACCAUGUCAUUUUACUACAUGUACCAAGCAGAGGUCAAAAUGUAAUCUAUGAUCUUGACACAGUCUUGCCAUUUCCCUGUCCCUUUGACACCUACACCAAAGAUGCAUUGAGAUCAGAUGACUUUAUUAAACCCAUAUAUAGAAGGAAGCUGCGAGUUAUACCAGCUGACGUAUACUUGAAGACCUUUGCCUCUGAUCGAUCUCAUAUGAAAGACACCAAUGGGAAGUGGUGCAUGCCUCCCCCACCUUACCCCUGUAUUGAAACAGCAGAAUCUAAGAUGAACAUAAACAGCUUUAUUAGCAUGGAUCCCAAAGUAGGAUGGGGCGAGAUCAACACCUUAACAGAGUUUGUGCAGCGAUUUGGCAUGACAUAAUCAUUUGCUGCUUCAUCUUGGAAAAUUAUUUAUUGGACUGAAUUAGGUUCUUUCAGACAUAUUAAUUUUUUCAUAAAACACAAUGUCAACCUCGUUUUAUUAUUAAGCUAUUAAUCUAAGGCAAAAUGCUUGAUAGCCAUGAAUUUUAUCCAUCAAAGAGACAUCAAGAGUACAAAAAUUAUUCUGAAUAUGUCUGGGUUGUGCUGACAGGCAAUCCUGCCCCAGACUACCACACCCUGACAUUUGAAGGAUGGCCCACUGGAUGUUUGGGUGAAAAAGGUGCGACAGUCUCUGAUUGAUCCCAAACACGACGCCAGAACAAAUGUUGGAGUUCAAACCUGAGACCGGGCAUAGCAAAAGUUAUUUUUGUAGUCUACAGGCUAUGUUUAAAUUAUUCAGGUAUGGACCUGUACUUCUUGUAAUCAUGUGAGCUUUCUCCAUAAAACUGUAGUCAACCUUA